AUGCAACCUGUACCGCCCAUCUCCAAUGCCGCUUCAGAUUGCUAUCUUCAAAUACGUCGAGGUAAACAAACGGUAUUUAUGGAUGUGCCGGAAACUUUAAAGGUCCUGGAUUUAAAACGAUUUCUUGCUCAUAUACUUAAACUAAAUCAUGAACUUAUACGUUUCACUGCUCGAGGACAAGUGCUCGAUAGCGAUACGAAAUCAUUGCGUGAAUAUGGUAUUACAACCAAAGAAGCUCGGCCACAGGCACCGUAUCAGCUGGAGUUUGUUCUUCAAUUGGACGAUGGAACGUUUGAAACUGAAGAAAUUGUUCCCUACACUUCGGAAAGUAGUUCAAGAUCUGAUGAACAACAGCAAAUGGGAAUGGCGACUGAUUCCAAAUAA